UCUUAAGCUGAGCUAUAUCCUGUCCUUAAUUAUUUCAUCUACAGAGAUGAUGAUCAAUUGAACCUUCUUCUCUCUCUCGCCCAGUCACUGUAACUUCGGUUGAUGAUUCUCUCCCUUACCUUGCAUAGGGUGUGCCACUCUUAAUGUAAAUUUUAUCAUACCAAAUUAAAAUAAAAUAAGGUUAUUAUUAUUUUCUUAACUAAUAGUCUGGAUGAAUCUUUGCUUAAAGUUGGUUAUUAAGGAUGCAUGUUUUCCAUGAAUGUUUUAGAUGCAUUUCAUUUGAAGGAAGCACUUCAAUUUCGGUCAUGGCAAGCAACCUAUCUCUUUCUCCUGGAAUUCGUAGUAAAGAAGUACUCUUAGAGAUUGGCAAUUCUGAAAAGCAAUUGUGGGCAUUAAUCCAUUCUAAAGGCAUUCUUCACUCAGAUGCUCAAUACUUGUACCGCAAGAUCCGUGCUAGUUAUGAGAGAGUUUUGUUGAACAGUUAUACAUAUGCAGAACUUCAGGAUGUUGAAUAUUCUUUAUGGAAGCUCCAUUAUAAGCAUAUUGAUGAAUUUCGCAAAAUAGUAAAGAGAAACUCGGGCGAUGUAGAGAUCAACAAAUCAGGAACAUCACAAACCGGUGUUGAGCAGAGAAGAAAUAAUGAUACUUUUAAGCCAUUUAAGUUAUUUUUGUCCGAAGCUUCUGAGUUUUACCAAAAUCUAAUUGUAAAACUGAGAAAAAAUUCUGGAGUGUCAGAAGAGGCAUUGUUGAAUAAAAAGGGUUGGAUCUUUACCUCUACUGAACCAGAAAUCAAGCUGAAAUGCAAAUAUUUAUGUCAUCGGUCCUUAGUUUGUAUGGGCGAUCUUGCCAGGUAUAAAGAACAAUGUGAAAAUCCUGAUACUCAAAAUCAUAACUGGUCAGUUGCUGCCACACAUUACUUGGAAGCAACAAGAAUUUGGCCUAAUAGUGGUAACCCUCAAAAUCAGUUGGCUGUAUUGGCAACUUAUAUCGGUGAUGAAUUCCUUGCUCUAUAUCACUGUGUAAGAAGUUUAGCAGUUAAAGAACCUUUUCCGGAUGCUUGGAACAAUCUUAUUCUGCUGUUUGAAAAGAACAGGCCAUCUCCUCUGAAAUAUGUUUCCAGUGAAGUCUGCUUUGAGUUCGUUAAACGUUCUGGAAGAAUCAGUGAAGUGAGGAAGGCACAACUGAAAGAUGAUUUCUCAAACUACACUGAAGUUGAAGGCGAAAGUAAUAAUUUCACUGACACAAAGCUAUGGUCUCUUAUGGUCAGAAUGAUAAGUUUCCUCUUCAUAACAUCAAGUUUUGAGGAAUUCUCUAUUGCAUUGGCUUCUACAAUUGGAGAGUUGGAUAAAAUGUUGAAGCUAGAAGAUAUAGAACUAAAGACCAUGUUGGACUCCUAUAGUCAAAUGGAUUUAGCCAGAAGAGGUCCUUUUCGAGCCAUACAAGCAGUUUGCAUUCUAAUAUUUUCCCUAAAGAAUCUAAUGGAUAAGCCUGAAAAAGAAGAUUCAGAAGACAAAAAUGUUACGCAGUUGACGCAGAUGGGAUUAGCUGCUGCGUUUGGUGUCAUGGGCCGUUUCGUUGAAAGAUGCCUUGAGGCUAAGUCUUUGAAUCAUUGCCCCUUAUUACCUUCUGUGCUUGUUUUUGUGGAGUGGUGUUCAAGUGUGCUUGAUGCAACUGAAGUAUGUUGCACUGAUCAAAAGUGUGGAAGAGCCAUUUCUUACUUUUUUGAUGUUUUUGUUGAGCUUCUAAAUAAACUAAAUGACAAUAGAAAGGAAACAAAAAAACUUCUUGAUAGCACUCCGUUGUGGGAGGAUUUUGAGUUGCGGGGUUUUGUACCUAUAGCUAGUGCACAUUUUUCAUUGGAUUUCUGUAGUAAUUGGGAACACAGAGAAAAUUUUGUAAGUGGAGUGGAAUUGAGAGCUGAACGCAUAAAACAGGCAGCAAUGAAGAUUGCUAGCAGAUCAAAUACUUUACAAAAGUGGAUUACAUAUGAUGAAAUGGGAAGAAAAUUUUGUGUUGCUAGAUCAAAUGAAUGUCAUGGCAAGAAAAAAGCAGAACUUGUGGAGUCCAGUACAAGAAGGGAAGAGAUUAAUCAGCAAACUAACAAAGACACAGAAGAACAAUGCAAAAGGAUGACUGAGGACAAUCCACGUAGCGCUAUCAUCAAUGCAAAACCUUCUGUGGUGGAAGAAGAAGAAGUUAUUCUCUUCAGGCCUCUUACAAGGUAUAAUUCAGCGCCAUUGUCCCCGUCUACCUCAGCUGAUGAACAGAUAUCACAAGAAGACCGUAUAGACCAAAGCUUACCAUCUGAUGAUUGUUUGCGACGUGCUACAUCUCUUCUCAUGGCACAAAAUCCAGCUCAAACUCAAACUGAUCCGUGGGAAUACCAUGGAAGCAGUUCAAAAUUCGGGAGUGACAAAGCAUUCAAACAGCAAGAACCUUCAACGAAGGAAUCAUCAAAUGCACUGAGCGAGGGAGGGUCAGAAGCUCCAAUCGCUGCUGGCCCACCCUCGCUCAAUGCUUGGGUCCUCGAUGAAGGAAGUUUGAGCAACAAUAGAAGAAAUGGGACAAAGGGUCCUAUUGAACAUAGGUUGCCGCCUAUUCAAGAAAUAGCUUCUUCAUCUUUGGCAGGGCUAUCCAUCAACAAAAAUGAAAAUUCAGUCAUUAGUUCAGUGAGUGAAUCUUCGAACUUCAAUGCCUCUUCUGCCACAUAUUCUCUUCCAGUACCUUCUGCUCCAUUACUACCUGAUAAUGCUGCCUGGUUUACUGAUGCACAAGCACAACCUAGUUUACCUGCUCCGAGAUUUCCAGAAACUUCAUCACCAAUAAGUGGUUACUCAGAUUGGAGUUCUACUUAUGGUCCACCUGGAUAUGAUCCUAGAUACCAAGUUUUUGUCAACGGAUACCCUCCACCCGGACGAAUGACUUCUUCGGAAUGGCUGCGUUGGUACAGAGAGAACCACAAACCUGAGAAAGCCAACAAUUAUACGCAGCCUACAUACAUGAAUACUCCUGCUCCUCAAAAUUAUGAUAAUCCUUACAGGUUUGAUCAAUUUGACAGAUGGGGCAAUCCUUUGUCGUAUAAUAACCAGUACACGUAUAUUGAGUCCCCGGGUCCCCCACCAUUGCAGCCGGGCUUUCUCAAUGCAGGUGAACACAAAGCUAGUCUCUACAGCAACUGUCAAAGACCGGUCCCUUUUGUGUGCAGUGCUGUGACAGAAAUGAGAAACGAGCCACAGUCUCUGCUAGAGUGUCUGAAAGAGAAGGAAUGGCGUCUCCAGCGAGAUCCUAACCUCAGAGGGCCUACAUUCACAGGAAAUUAUAACUCUUAGUCUGAAACUUGUGCCGCAAACCAUUCCAUAAUUGUACUCCUUGUUGUGCGGUCAUUUUCGCAAAGUACCAAGCAGUAUAAAUGUGUAACAUAUGUAUACAAUUGUCUCAGCCAUUUACUAAAUGAAUUGAAGAGCUCUAAUUUUUAAAGAAAGUGGAUGAAUUGUUCUUCAUUCAGACACUUUCCUUGGAUAUGCAUGUAAAAUAUGUAGAGUUGAAAUUAAAAGAAGAAAUCCUCAUUCUCGGAA